UCUACCUCUCAGUAACCAAACUCUAGAUCGCAACCGAGCUUUUGAUCAUGAACCAAUACCAUAUCUACGAAGCUAUCGGCCGGGGCAAAUAUUCGACUGUUUACAAAGGGAGGAAGAAGAAGACAAUUGAGUAUUUCGCCAUCAAGAGCGUUGAUAAGUCACAGAAGAGCAAGGUUCUUCAAGAAGUUAAGAUUCUUCACUCUUUAGAUCACCCAAAUGUACUGAAGUUCUAUUCAUGGUAUGAGACUUCUGCCCACUUAUGGUUGGUAUUGGAAUACUGUGUUGGUGGAGAUCUCAUGGCCUUAUUACGGCAGGAUUGUCAGCUUCCCGAAGAUUCUAUACAUGACCUUGCCCGUGACCUUGUCAAAGGCUUGCAGUUUUUGCAUUCAAAGGGAAUCAUUUACUGUGACUUAAAACCAUCAAACAUACUACUGGAUGAGAAUGGACGCACAAAGCUCUGCGAUUUUGGAAUAGCAAGAAGAUUGAGUGAGAUAUCUAAAACUCCUUCUUCCCUGCUACCUCAGGCAAAACGUGGAACACCCUGCUAUAUGGCACCUGAGCUGUUUCAGGAUGGAGGAGUUCAUUCUUAUGCUUCUGAUUUCUGGGCACUUGGUUGUGUAUUAUACGAGUGUUAUGCUGGGAGGCCUCCCUUCGUGGGGAAAGAGUUCACUCAACUUGUUAAAUCUAUCCUCUCUGAUCCAAUUCCACCCCUCCCUGGUAAUCCAACCUGCUCAUUUGUCAAUUUGAUCGAUAGUCUUCUAGUAAAGGAUCCAGCUGAAAGAAUCCAGUGGGUUGAGCUUUGUGGGCAUAGUUUUUGGAGAACAAAAAUGACUCCAGUUCCUUUACCUCCUCAACCUGCCUUCAGUAAUAUGAUUGAACUUUCUAUGAAACAUUAUCUUUCCGAACGUAAUGGAGACAAGCCUCUUCAAAAUAAGGUGCUGCCCAAAUUUCGUGAAAAGGAUUCAAAGGGGGUUACUAAACAGGAUGAGAAUUCUAUUGUGGGUGCAAGAGGCUUUGAAACUCCAAUUAAGAAUGUGCACAAUGGCCGGAAGACUCAAGCCAAGACUUCUGGAAGAGUUGUUGAGGAGAAACAGAAAGAUGUUUCAAGUGCCACAAGAGGUGUGAAUCUUCUAAGACUCUCAAGGAUAGCAAAAUCAAACCUGCAGAGAGAGAAUGAGAAAGAAAACUACCGGAGACCUUUGGCUAAUGGCUCUGAGAAUGAUACUGAAGUUAAAAUUGAGAACAAUGACAUGGAACUUGAUUUUAAUGAGAACACCGAAGAUGAAGCACCAGAUGAACCUGAUUGUUCUGAUAAUCCCAAUAGUACACCUGGAGAGAAACUGGCAAUUCAAAAUCAGGAUCAUGGGAAAAUGGAAGAGACUGAUGAUAGCACGAACCAAAUGGAUACACUUCCUGAGACCAAUGUAUCUAUUUCUGAUGAUCCACAACCACUUGAGCAGGAAUCCUGUUCAGAACACAUUCAAGUAGCUGCUACACCACCUAGUGUUGGUGUUCAGAGAAAAGCUCAAAGGGUUAAACCAGGAUCAGGAAGUGCUGCUGAUUCCGAUUCUUCAAAAUCAUCUAACAGCAUCUCAAAUGUGCUAUGGCAUCCAUCUGACCUUGCUGUUAGACCUGUAAUGCCUAGCCGGAAAAAUGAUAAAUCUUCAGAGGCUUUGCUGUCACUUCCUUUUGAUGCAUUGCCAGCAACAGAUUUUGUGAAGAUGCCCAGAGAUCAGCGUGACACACAUAACAAUCGAAUUACAUCCAUUUUGAAUAGUAAUGCUCCUGUGGCAGAGAAGCAGAAUGUUAUCAAAUACCUUGAGAUGCUAAGUGGGAAUGCCGAGGCUGCAAAUAUAUUAACAAAUGGGCCAGUAAUGCUGGUGCUUGUUAGAAUGCUCCGACUGUCAAAGGUGUCUGCGUUGCGUGUCCAACUUGCUUCAGUGAUUGGUUUAUUGAUUAGGCAUUCGACCUCCAUCGAAGAUGAUUUAGCCAGUUCUGGAAUCUUGGGAGCAUUGACAGAUGGCCUCAGAGACAGGCAGGAAAAAAUUAGGAGAUUUUCUAUGGCUGCUUUGGGUGAACUUCUGUUUUACAUAUCCACUCAAAAUGAGCAUUCAAGAGACAGCAAUCCUUUGGAGUCUCCAUGUAAGGACAGCAGGUCUGCAUCUGGCUGGCAGGUUUCUGGCCCAGUGUUUUCAUUGGUGUCAUCUAUUUUACGGAAGGGAGAGGAUGAUCUCACUCAGCUCUAUGCUUUAAGAACUAUUGAGAACAUUUGCAGCCAAGGUGGGGAUUGGGCAGCUCGUUUUACUAGCCAGGAUGUGAUAAGUAACCUCUGCUACAUAUUUAAGGCAUCUGGGAAACAGGAAAGCACAAGGCUCACUGCUGGAUCAUGUUUGGUGCGCCUGGUUCGUUUCAGUGCCCCUACCAUACAACCAGUAAUAGAGAAGCUCUCUUUCAAGGAAACUGCAUCUGCGCUGGUCAAAGGCAGCCCCCGUGAGCAGCAAAUCAGCUUGAACCUUCUAAGCAUGGCCUUGCUUGGAAGCCAUACGUUCACAAACAUUGGCAGGCAACUACAGCCUUUAUUGGAGGACAAACAUCUUGUUCCUAGUCUGAUCUCUCUAAUUGAGCAGGGAAGUGAGAUCCUCCGGGGAAAGGCGCUCGUUUUCGUGGCCCUCCUUUGUAAGAAUGGUCGGAGGUGGCUUCCCCAUUUCUUUUGCAAUGCAAAAUUUCUCUCCAUGGUAGAUAGAUUGGUGAAAGAAAAGGAUAGCUAUGUGCAGCAGUGUAUGGAGGCCUUUGUGCAAGUUGUGGCGACAACCAUUCCAGGCUUACUGGAUACCAUAUCUGGAGAUAUUCAACAAAUUAUGGGAGGGAGACGCCAUGGGCAGAUUGCCACUCUUACUGGUCGUGCCAUGCCAAAGACAAAUCUUCAUUUGUUCCCUGUUGUCCUCCAUCUUCUUGGAAGCUCAUCUUUCAAGAACAGAGUUGUAACUCAUCAGGUCUUGCAGCAAUUGGCAAAUCUCAUCAAGCUUGUGGAGUCAUCUUUCCAGGGCAGAGAUGACUUCCAAAUUACACUCCUGCGAGUUUUGGAGUCUAUUGCAGAGGAGCCCUCAGUUGUUCUUGAACAGCCUAACAUUUUUAUCCAUCAAAUACUCCUGAGUUUAACUGUGCUGUACAAAGGCAACAAAGAUGGAGAUGCCAGAUUCUUGUGCCUGAAAAUUAUGUUUGAUGUGAUGGUCAUUUUCUUGGAUGAACCAUCAGAAGAUGGGCAAAGAACAGAGGAUCUAAAGUGCAUAUCACGUGCUCAUUUUCUCCCUCUCUACACCAGUUUUGUUCAGGAUGAAGAUCCUAUUCCCAUGUAUGCACAGAAGCUUCUUGUGAUGCUUAUUGAGUUCAAUUACAUAAAAAUUUCAGAUAUUUUGCAUCAAGAAAUGGUAUCCCAGUGCUUUGAGUUUCUGCUUGGUGACCUCUCUACUGCAAAUGUCAACAAUGUUAAGCUUUGCCUCGCUCUGGCAUCUGCCCCUGAAAUGGAAACUAAGAUACUCUCUCAAUUAAGAGUAGUCAGGAAGAUUGGCAAUCUGCUGGAGUUUGUGAAUGCAAAGGAGAUGGACGAUUUUGUUGAACCAACUCUUGAUCUGUGUAAAGCAUUCCUAUUACAUGCCAUUGGCAGUAGAAAAGGCUUUGUCUAUUCUAAAGAACCAGCAUUGUUAGGUGACAUUUCGUUUGACACAAGCAGUGCACUUGAGCAGCAGGACUACAUAAAGGAUAUUGCUGAGUUUGGCAGUAAUGUUGGUGUGUUCCUGGAGUUGUGUGCAUCUCAUGAAGCACAGGUCGCAGAUUUGGCAUCUGAAUGUGUGAUUUUGUUACUCAAGGCAGCACCGAGGGAAGGCACUAUGGGUCUGUUGACUAAUCUUCCAAAGGUUACUAUGGUCUUGGAUUCAUUGCGCCGUGUGGCUUCCGGUUUAAUGUUGCUACGCAUGCUGCAUGCUGUUGGUUACUCGUGUAGGCAGUACUUGUCUCAGGCAAUGAUAUUAUCAAUUUCAAUACCAGAGAUUACCAGAAUUGAAGUCAUUAUAUCUGAUCUUAGACGCUGUAGUAUACCUGGAGUUGCUAAUGCUGCUUCACUUGUGGCUUUGGAGUUGCAGCGGCUUCCUCGCAGUGUCUAACUCAAAGAAUUAUGAAUGUAAGGAGCUAUAGGGCCAGUUGAGCUUUGUCCAAGGAAUGUUCAGUCUAUUAUUGACUUCCAAGAGAGUUUGAGGUCUUCAAAUUGGGGUGAGUUCAUUUUUUCUUAA